AUGUUCAACGAUCCCAUCACCAAAACAUAUGACGAGAUAGACGUAGAACCAGAUGAUCUUAUCUUUGCGGCGUCUUCAGUUGAUGACAUAGCAUCACUUCACCCUCCACCAGUCAGGAUCUUUCGGCUAUGGCAAACAUUUCUUGACAAUGUCAAUCCUCUACUCAAGUUAUUCCAUGCCCCGACAGUUCAACAGCAGAUCCUCGAUGCAAGCGCAGAUCUUUCCAAGAUUUCUAAAAGCAUGCACGUACUUAUGUUCGGUAUCUACGCCAUGGCAAUUUCAUCUCUAAACUAUGAUGAAUGCAACGCCAUAUUCGGCGAAGAAAGGAAACCCCUCUUGAAGCGCUAUCAAAACGGUUGCCGACAAGCUCUUAUACGAGCCAGUUUUCUCCGAACUUCAGACAUGACCAUACUCCAAGGUUAUGUCCUAUACCUCGUAAGUCUCGGAUGGGAGCUGUCUCCCAUCCAUCAACUAGCACUAACACUUUCCAGCACUCGGCUGCUAAUUUCACCGUCGACCCUCGCGCCCUUUAUUGUCUCACCGGCAUAGCAGUCCGCUUAGGUCAACGUAUGGGCCUAAACUUUGAUGGAACACUUUGCGCCAUGCCUCCCUUCGAAACCGAAAUGCGUCGCCGUCUCUGGUGGCAAAUUGUAUUCCUCGACACUCGUAUAGGAGAACUAUCUGGUAGCGCUACCUCGAUGUUUCAACACAUCCGUAGUGUCCACCUACCUCUAAACGUAAACGACGCCGACCUCUUUCCAGACAUGCGUGAGCCACCUGUCGAACAUCCCGGCGCCACAGAAAUGCUCUUCGUCCUGCCUCGUUGCGAAGUCAUUAAGUUCCUUCUGAAAAAUCAGAGCCGGCAUCCCCCAGUGGGACCCGGAAUAUUAGAGAUUCCCCAAAAAGAAAUGCAAGAAUUCGAAGAUUACGUGACAGAAAAAUACCGCAAGUGCUCCGAUCCUCAGAUACCUUUGCAUAAAUCCUCAAUUUUGAAUACACGAUAUCAUAUCCUGCGUGCUAAACUGAGAGGUCGUCCGCCAAGUUCUUACGUGCGGAAUCCUAACACUUCGGAGGCGGAAAAGGAGAAGGUUUUUACCCUCUCUCUGGAAAUGGUGGAGACUUUCCAUCUUAUGAUUACGUCCCCUAAUAUCGAAAGGUUUCACUGGAUGGUGUUCAAGAAUUUUCCUUUUCCCGCACACGUCCACCUGCUCGUCGCUUUACGUACACGUACCACUGGCCCUCUAUCGGAUCGCGCAUGGGAUGCACUCAUCGAGCACGGAAGGAUUCGGAGAAGUCUUAGUUGGGGAAAGUGGAGGGCCGAGGACAGGAGUACCUCUACAGUUCAGUUAGCCAUGGCGAAUCUUACCAUCAAGGCUUGGGAAGCGAGAGAAGCUGCUAGGCUACCUUAUGUAGAAAAACGACCGUCUUUGAUUGGAGACUUGAUGGAGGUGCUUCAAAGAGGACGAGACGAGAGAGGCAGUACGACAGGGAGUUCACCGGGAUCGAUGGCUCUGGAAGUGAUGGGUGCAGGACCUCAGAGUACGGAAGGCUUUUGGGGAUCGGGAUGGCAGGGGGAUCAGAAUAUGGGUAUGGGAAUGGGUUUCACUUUUGGGAACGGGAGUGGGAUGGGGGGUAUAAAUGGGAUAUUGGGGAACGAUGGGUUCGGUGACAUGGGCAUGGGAAUGGGAAUGGGGAUGGGGAUGGAUAUGAUGGGUGUUGCUGGGGGGCGGGUGAAUGAGAAUGCCAAUUGGGCGAUUUGGGGAGAUUUUACGACGGGGUUUGAGGGAACGGGUGGGGUUGGGACGAAGCAGUUUUCUAGUAGGGAGAAUGAUUGGCAAGUAGGAACUUGA